AAAAAAAAAAAAACAAAAAAUUACGUGAAAACCUUCAAUCCUCAUCAUAAUUGACAAGAAAGACUCCUCAUUCUACUACAAGUCUGUUGCAAUUGAUCUUCCUGCUGUGUUAAUCGUGCACGCAUAGCCUAGAAUUACUUUACUGAAGCACAUUAUUGUCUAGAAGUUGGUUGAAAAUGGCUCCCCCAAAGAAAAUGUCCUUACAGGAGUUUUUCUCCGAUGAAUCAUUUGGUGGUUCAUGGGCAGACGAUGACAUUGACUUGGCAUCGAUUUCAGUACCCAUUGAGAAGAAUAGACCAUAUUCUUCUGAUGGUGGAUUCAACAAUUCAGGUGGUUUCCACGGUCAUGGUGCUCAGUCUGGUGAUAAUGGUCCUCCUUAUAUACUUAAAUUAUUGAACUUGCCUGUAACAUGUGACGAACGUUUCGUGGAUGAUUUAUUCAAAAGUAGAUACACUCCUUAUGUCAAGUGCAAGAUUGUGGUUGAUCCAAUUUCUAACAUUUUAGAAUCUCACGUAAUUAAGAAAGUUGCAUUCGUCGAAUUAACAACUUAUGAGGAUUAUUCAAAAGCAUUGAAGUGGUUGGACCUAUUUUACAAAGGUAAUAGAAGAGUCAUAGUUGAACCAGCAGAUUUCAACGAUUUUCAACACUGUAUCUCUUUCAAUCAAGAACACGAAGUUGAAAUACAAGAAAUUAUAGAAAAUUUUAUUGCUGGGAAAAAUCAAGAACAUGGUCACCAAAGACGAGGCUUGGCUGGUAUGCCAUUACCUGAACCGAAUGAAAUUGGUAAGCAAUUCAGUCCUCAACGAAACAAUAUCCCUCUCAACAGAUCAAAUCAUGAUAAUCUUCGCAACUCUCCAGUAAUGAAUAAUUCUCAAACACAUAAACCAAAAUCAAAUCCUUUUGGAUCAGCAAGACCCGUUGAUAUAGUUUCAAAAGAAAAAGAGCUUGAUGAUAAAAUCAUAGCAAUUAACCAUACUACUUUUAGAACUAUAGGCUCAGAAGAUUCGGAAUCCCAAGCUAAUUCUAGAAGAUCAUCACAAACAAAAUCAAGAAGAUCUUCAAUCACAAUUUUGAAAAGACCUUCUAUAACUCCAGCAACUAAACCAGAACCAGCUUCAAGCUCGUCAACUAUUGAUUCAGCGUCGCCCCCUACAGCUUCUCAAGAUAUUCACAAACCUCAUAAUAUGAGUCUUGCUGAUAUUUUAAGUGCUCAAGGUGAUAAGUCCCCUGUUAGUGGAAGAAGAAGCACUCCUGCAAAACAAUCACCUAAGCCUACAGCCAUUAAGCCAGUUAUUUUGAAGAAAAAAACUCAGUUAAACCUUAGCCCGAUGGCCAGUAAUCAAACUGAAGCAACUCCCACGGCUAGUACUACGAGUACUCCACCACCAAAUACUCAACCACCUGUAUUAAUCGACGAAGAAUCGCAGAAGGCAAAAGAGUUAGAGAUUGAAAAUAAACUAAAACAAAUCAACGAAUCAUUUUCAAAAAAUAACGCUUUGGAAAAUAAUGCAUCUGCUAAUGAAUCACCAGAAUCAAAUAUAUCUCUCAGUCCCAACGGUUCAAAUGAUGGAACUCAGAAUAAAUCCACUCAAGGUAAACCCCGUAUUGAUUUAUUAGCUCAUCCGUCAAGAUCUACUAUAUCUGAACCUAAUAAAUCACAAUUUGCCUCUGGUGAUCGUCCAAAUUUCAAACAACAUUUUGAUGAAAUGACCAAAAAAGCUAGCCUUAAGUCCAAUAAUCAAGCUCCCCGUAAUAACCGCAAUAAUUAUCAAAAUAAUAGGAACCACGGCCCUGGAAGACGCCAGUUCCACCAAGGCCACUAUGCCAAUAAUUCAUCUCGGAAGAAUAGUGCAUCAUCAGACCAAGACAAUAGUGUACCUCCUUUAUCACCUCCACAGUCACUACAGGAGACCUUUGGCAGAGCUAAUUCACCAAGUAGUUCACCAAGAAAACGUUUCAAUGCUAAUAAUGACCAUGCAAAUGGCCACAAUAAUCAUAAUCAUCACAAAUCUAGUUCAUUUGGAGAAGAAAAUGAAGUUAUUGAAAAUGUAAGAGCAUUAGCGCUUCGUGAUGAAAGUAUUAGGGGUACAUCUCGUGGUAGAGGUAGAGGUCGUGGUGGAUUUAGAGGUAGAGCUUACCAUAGAGGAAAUGGUUAUAAUACAGGCAGGGGCGCUCACCGUGAUAGCUCAAAUUUCAAGCAUCCAUAUGUUAGUAACAAGCCAGCUGAAGAAUUGUACUAAUUUAAAAUUUUACUUCUUGUUUUAUCCUUAUUCAACAUAUAUUUUUUUGGUUUGUUUUUGAAAAGACAUGUCUUUUCAGUAUUCUUUUUUUUUCCUUUCAUUUUUUGUUUUACCAUUUGUUU